AAAUAAUAAAUUAUAAAUUAAAAUAAUUGGCUUAAAAGAUAAAUAAAAAAAAGGCAAAAAAUGAGCAGAGCUUACCAAAAUAAAAUGAAGGAAACUUUAUAAGAAGACCUCCGUUCUGAUGUUAUCACCUGUCCUUAUAAUAGUUCUCAUAAAAUAGUUAAAAGCAGACUUACUUGGCACAUCUAAAAAUGCAAAUCAGCUUAGGCGAAUAGUCACAUGUAUGGACAUUGCAGAUAUAAUUUUCUUCAUAUAAUGCCAAAAGAAGAUUUAGCCACACAUGAAAAUAUUCUUUGCAAAGAUCGCCCGAAAGAAUGCGAAAAAGAAGAUGAUUAUGGAGAUUAAGCUAUAUUUGAUGAAGCUUUCAAAGAGUGGAAAAAAGAAUAGAACAAGUAGAAAAGAAAUGGAAAUAAGAAACCUGUUCAAUAAUAAAUAGAGAAUAAUGCUGAUGAAUAAAAAUAAGACUAUGAAAUAUACCAUGAACAGUAACAAAGUUAGAUUUCUAAAUCAGGAUUUUUGAGCAAAAGUAAUUUUGAAGAAAAAAGCGAUGUUGAUGUAAGUGUAAUUAAUGCAAAUUGGCUUGAAUAAAAUGACUCAAAGAAAGUUAAUAAAAAUACUAAUAAUAACGCUAAUAAAAAUCUUAAUUAAAAAUAAGCUAAUUAAGAUGAUAGCGAUAGUGGAUCAGCUUCUUAAAGUGAUGAUGAUGUUGACAAUGAAGAUGAUAGAAGUGAUGAUGUCAAAAAUGAAGAUGAAGAAGAUAUUGAAGAAGAUAAAAUUUCUAAUCUAAGUUUUGAAUAGAAACCAAAUAAAAAUUAAAAUUAAUGUAUGAAUUCUUCAAGUUAAGAUGAAGAUAGUUAAGAUUCUGAUAUUGACGAUAAUAGUUAUCAAUAAAAACCAAAGUCAAAUUAAAAUUCUAGAAAAUAGAAUAUAGAUAUGGGUUAUUCUAAUAAUAAUAAUAAUAAUAAUAAUAAUAGUGAAAGUGAAUGCGAAUCAGAUGGAAAUAAUAAUAAUAAUAAUUAAUAUUAUAAUGAAUCUGAUCAAUCAGAUUGCGAAGUCGAGUAGAGUAUGGAUGCUAUUUAAUAGAAAAAAAAUUUAAAAUCAUAAAUCUAACAAAAAAAUAAUUCUAUAUAAUUAGUAAAAGCUACAAAUUAAAAAUAUAUUGCUUAAUAGAACCAAAAAAAUUCUAGUUCUAAUUAAAAAAAAAAUAGUAGUAGCAGUAGUAGCAGUAGUAGUAGUGAAGAAGAUAGCAACAGUGAAGAGGAAUCUAAAGAAAAAACUAAUUAAAAUAAAAAAAUCUAAUCUACUCAUUAUUAAAAUAAUAAUAAAAUUUAAAAUAAUAAAGAAAAUUAAAGAAAGAACAAUAUACCAUCUAAAAACCUUACUAAGAAUAAUAAUUAGAUUCUUUAAAGCUUAAAUUAAAAUGAAGAGGAUGAUGUUUCUUUCUAAAUAAAUUAAAGUGAGAUUAACAAUCAAUCUAAUCUUUCUUAUUUGAAUGAUUUGUCAAUGAAUAAAGAUGAGUUUACUUAGUCAUUCUUAGACUCUUAAAAGAAAUAAAAAUAUAAAAAGAGAUAUGUUCAGGUUCAUAAUUUACCUGAAGACUAAAGAUAUGAAGUUGAGUAGCUAUAACAUGAGCUAACUAGUAAAAAUUAGGCUGAUCUCUAUUAAAAUUAGAAAGCCAUCCAAUAAAUAAGAGGUAAUAGAGGAUAAAGAGCUGAAUAAUUAGAUAAUUAAAAAAAUGAUAACUAAAGUGGAAAUAGAGAAAGUUAACGUUAGGAUAACAAACAUGGAAGAAACAAUAAGAGUGAUAAUCAAUAAUAAAAUAAAAAUAGAAAUAACAGAAGUAGAAAUAAUAAUAAUAAUUGA